AUGGCUGACAACUGGGACGACGACGAUUUCGAGGUUGAGGUGGCCGCCUUCAAGCGUGAAGAGCUGGAACCCGCGAAGCCCGUCGAUGCCCCGCCGAAAAAAGAGACAAAAGCCACCACGUUGAAAAAGGCGCCCGUCUUCGCAAUGGAAUCGCUCGGACGAGAGUUGAAUGCCGCCGAGAAAGAAGCGCUUCAGAAGAAGCACGACCUCGAGCUGGCGCGUGAUUUAUUCGGAGACGACGGCGACGAUGCGGCCGAAGCCGCCACGUACGCCAACGCGUCGACAAAAUCUGAGUUCGAGUACUGGGGAGAACGCGUCGGAGGAUUCCUUAGUAGUCGGCACAAGGCGGCCCAUUACGGAGACAUGAUCGGAAAGCUGCUGGGAGCGGUUACGGAGAAUUGUGAGUGAUUGAAAGCACAACAGCUUUCCGAAAUGAUUGCGAUUCCAGUGACGCCCGCCGAUAUCCAAAAAAUGGUCACCUACCUGCAACAGAUCAGUACCGCUAAAAAGACAGCCGAAAAGAUCAAGGCGGUAAGUGCAAAAAAAACAACUUUAUUUUUGCCAGUCAUGAAAAUUAUUAUAUCACUUUCAGAAAACAACGCCAGCUGCCGCCCCAGCCGCUGCUGGAAACAAGAAGAAUCAAAAGGCCUCGUUGAAGGUGUCGAAGGCAAACGACAACAUGUACGACGACUAUGGAGAUGACUACGAUGAUUACGACGAUUAA